ACUCACAAGUCAUUAAGUUUCAUGAUAACUAUAAUGGCUUUAUCAUCAUCAAUAUCAAAUCACAAGAUUCUAAAAACACUAAUGUUUUUGCUGAUCAUAAACUUCUUAUACCUAAUUCAAACUACUUCAUCUGUGACCAGUUCCGAUUCCAACUCCCACUUCUCAAGAUUCUCGAGACAUCGUCAAAGCUCACCAUCAUCAAGAACCAAACAAGGGUUUCUCGAAUCGGUCCAAGAGAGUAAGAACCAUGCUCUCUUGGCUCGUUCUCUCGCUUUCAAUCUCACGCUUUCCCAUAGAACCGCACAAACCCACACGUUCGAUCCCAUCCACGACUGCCUUGAGCUGCUCGACAACACACUUGACAUGUUGUCUCGCAUACAUGCUGAUAACGACGAAGAAGAUGUUCAUACAUGGCUAAGCGCAGCCCUCACGAACCAAGAUACUUGUGAGCAGAGCCUUCAAGAGAAAUCCAAGUCAUACAAACACGGACCCGCGAUGGAUUUCGUCGCAAGAAACCUCACCGGUUUGUUGACUAACUCGCUCAACUUGUUCCUAUCCGUGAAAUCGAAACACCGGAGACUCUUGUCAGAACAAGACUCGUUCCCCACGUUCGUAACUUCACCAGAGCAACGAAGGCUUCUAGAAGCUUCGGUUGAGGAGCUGAAGGUUGACGCGGUCGUUGCUGCCGACGGAAGCGGGACACACAAAACCAUAGGAGAAGCGUUGUUGUCUACGUCAUUGGCGAGCAGUACCGAGGGCAGAACCGUAAUUCACCUGAAAGCUGGAACCUAUCAUGAGAACAUCAACAUUCCGACGAAGCAAAAGAACGUUAUGUUAGUUGGUGACGGUAAGGGUAUAACGGUCAUUAUUGGUAGCAGAAGUAACAGAGGUGGCUGGACUACUUACAAAACUGCCACCGUCGCCGCGAUGGGAGAGGGGUUCAUAGCGCGGGACAUAACAUUCGUGAACAACGCCGGACCUCAAUCGGAGCAAGCGGUGGCGCUCCGUGUCGGAGCAGAUAAAUCCGUCGUGUAUCGAUGCUCCGUCGUAGGAUACCAAGAUUCACUCUACACACACUCUAACCGACAAUUCUACAGAGAGACAGAUAUCACCGGAACCGUCGAUUUCAUCUUCGGGAACUCCGCCGUCGUGUUCCAGUCAUGCAACAUCGCCGCGCGUAAACCGUUACCGGGUCAGAAAAACUUCGUGACGGCGCAAGGACGGAAAGAUCCGGGUCAAAACACCGGGAUCUCGAUUCAGAACUGUAAAAUCACGGCGGAGUCGAUGACUUAUCUAGGUCGGCCGUGGAAGGCGUAUUCGAGGACGGUGGUGAUGCAAUCGUAUCUCGGCGGGUCGAUUGAUCCGUCGGGUUGGUCUCCUUGGUCCGGUGGUUUUGGUCUCAAGUCUCUGUAUUACGGCGAAUUUGGGAAUUCGGGUCCUGGAUCAUCGGUUUCGGGUCGGGUUAAAUGGAGUAGGUACCAUUCGGCUUUGACGAUGACGGAAGCGGAAAAAUUCACUGUGGCGGGUUUUAUUAACGGCAAUAUGUGGUUGCCGUCAACGGGCGUUAGUUUCGACUCUGGACUUAUCAAGUGAAGUGAGCUCUCUCGUUUGAAUAUAAUUAAUUUCUCAAAUUGUGUUUGUUAUAUAGUCAUUAAUGUUGAAUUGUGAUUAAAGGAAAUGGGUGUGAUAAAUUAUUCUUAAUUAGUUAAAACUGUGUGUUUGUAAUUUAAUAGUUUUAUACACUCCCUUUUCGUUUUA